AUGGCGGUGAUCCACAUCGACGUCGACCGCUUCUUCCUCGCGGUCCACGCCCAAUUUGACCGGUCUGUUCGCGAGGGUCCAGGCACACCUCCAAUUGCGCUCUUCCAGUACAACGACGUCAUUUGUGUCUCCGCAUCCGCGCGCGCACUCGGCGUGCGCAAGCACAUGAGCCCGGAGGCUGCCCGCGCAGUCCUCACGCCGGCGGGCGGCCGGCUGGUGCACGCCUUCUGGCGGGACUGGCCGGGUCCGCGCACGUGGUACAAGCCGUAUCAGGACGCCUCCCGCGACCUCUUCGCCUGCAUCCGGGCGAGCCUCGACGCCGGCGCGGCGUGCGGCUCGACCCUCGAGCGCGCCUCGAUCGACGAGGGGUACGUCUCAGUCGAGGAGAGGCACGGGCCGGAGAGCGUCGCGGAGGAGCUGGUGCGAUCCGUGCGGGAGAGGCUCGGCUUGCCGGUCUGCUGCGGCGUCGCGCCCAACAAGCUGCUCGCCAAGCUCGCCUCCUCCGCCGCCAAGGCCUCCGGCGGCGGCUCUGGCGCCAGCGGGCGCGUGUAUGCAGUCCGCAGCGACGAGGAGGCGCAGGCGUUGCUGCGGCAGACAGCGGCGCACAGGCUGCCGGGCCUCGGCUCGCGCGCCGACGCGCUGGCGAGGGCCGGCAUCGAGGUCGCCUCGCAGCUCCAGACCCUCGAUGUGCCGCGGCUGCAAGCCGUCCUCAGCCUCUCCCCCGCCGCCGCCGCUGCCGCCCACGACGCUUGCCGCGGGGUGAGCAGCGCCGCGGUGGUCGAUGCGCCUCCAAAGUCUGCGUCUGUCACCUCCUGGCUCGCGCACACUCCGCUCUCGCUCCUCGCGGGCUGCGGCAGCCGCACCACGCCUGGCCCGGACCACCGCGCGGGGCCAACCCACAGCCGGACUCUCCCACUCCCCCCCGCUGCACUGGCGGGGCUGCGGGCGGGCGGGCCGGUGCGGUCGGGCGCGAGGUAUCUGGAGAGCGAUCUCGCCGGAGAGCGGCGGGAGAUGAUCUCACCAGAGACGCUCUGGGUCGAGGGGCGCACCGCAGCAGAGCGCUCCGCCGCCGUCUCGCGACUCGAGAGCGGGGACGGCGCGCACGCGGCGCGGGUCUCGGCGCUUGUGCGGGCCGUGGCGGGCGGCGUGGCGGCGUGGGCGACGGAGCUGCCGCCCAACACAAACAUCGCGCAGCUCACGCUCGCCGCGCACAGCUUCACGGCGCUGCCGGCGGCCGGGACGCCGUCGGUGCGUUCCUUCCUCGGCAAGAGGCCGACGCCCACAUCGCCGCCGCCACUCCGCCCCUUGCCGCCGCCCUCCUCUCCGCCGCCGCCCUCUUCGCCGCCGUCUUCGCCGCCGCUCUGCUCGUUGCCGCGUGGCCUUGAGCCUCCCUCUGCGUGCGUGGUGCACCUCGACAUCGACAAUUUCUACUGCGCAGUCGAAGCUGCCGAUGAGCCGCGGCUGCGCGGGGUUCCACUCGCGGUGACGCAGGGGAACGCGGGCGGCUUCGUGGCGCUGAGCGCGGAGGCCAAGGCGGCAGGGCUGCGCAAGGGCGACGGCGUGGGCGAGGGUGGCCGUCGCAACAUCCCGGCGCUCGCGCGGAGGCGGGCCCCCGAGCUGGUCGUCCGCCCGAUGCGGGUCGAGAGGUACAGGCAGGUCGCCUCCUCCGUGCUCGCGUUGCUCCGGCGGUGGGGCCGUGUCGAGAAGACGAGCUACGACGACUUUUAUGUGGACGUGACGGCGGCGGCGGCGGCGGCGGCGGCGGCGGCGGCGGCGGCGGCGGCGGCGGCGGUUGGUGUCGGCGGUGCAGGGGAGCUGGCGCCCGACCUCUCUGCCGCGUGCAGCGUCGCGCAGGAGAUGCGCGCUGCGGUCCUCGCCGAGCUGCAGCUCCCCUCUUCGGCGGGCGUCGCCCGCAACAAGCUGGCGGCGCGGCUGCUCUCCGCCGCCGCCAAGCCAGCCGGCGAGCUCAAGGGCGGCCUUGCGGCGGUCGCCGAUGCGAGCGCUGCCGCCUUUCUUCGCUCGCGCCGUCUGCUCACCAUCCCGGGCUUGCAGCAGAAGCGAGGUCGCGCCCUCGCCGAGGCGCUCUCACACUUGGCUCGCCACGCGGAGGUUCGCCAAGCGGGCGGCGGCACGGGAGGCGGCGCGGGCGGAGUGGACGGCGGCAGCCCUGGCUUUGGCCCCUACUCUACGUCGAGCCUCACCCUCGGUGACGCGCUCUCCGUCGGGCGGGCUGAGCUCGCUCGGCUGGUCGGCGAGGCGGAGGCGGCGGAGCUGCUCAGGCUCGGCGAGGGCGGUUGUGACGGCGGCGUUGUCGAGCGGGGCCCGGCGAGGAGCAUUUCUGCCGAGGUCUCCUUCCCGCCGACCAGCGACGCGGCGCGGCACGCCGAGACGCUCCGCGGCCUCGCGGCGACGCUCCUGCGCCGCUGCGCCGCCGACGGCCGCCCGCCGCGCCGGCUCGUCCUUAGCUGGAGGUGCGGCUACGCGCGGGAGGAGCUCCCAGCCUCGAGUGGCGGCGGCGGCGGCGGCGGGGGUGCGCUCCGCUCACACCGGCUUGCGUGGCCGGCGGCUGCCGCGGCGUGUCUGGCGGGCCGAGGAGACGCCGCCACCGCCGCCCGCGCCCUCGUGUCGGCCUCGCUCGGCGACUUGGCCAGCCGGGCGAGCGAGCAGCGCCUCACGCGCCUCGUCCUCUCGGCAGAGUACGCCGCGCAGCUCCCGCAACAGGCGGGCUCGCUCGACCGCUUCCUCCUGCCGGCGGCGCGGGGAGGGGAGGGCGAGACGGGCGCGGCGGGCGCGGUGGGCGCGGAGACGGCAUGGGCGGCGGGGGCGGAGGCGGCACGCGCCGAGGCGGAGGCGGAGGCGGCAGGGGACCCUCCGGGUGGCGGUCAGAUUGUGCCGUGGGAUGAGUGGGAGGAGGAGGAGGGAGAGGCGGAGUGGGAGGAGGCAUGGAUAAGCGAGCCCGGCUGA